AUGUUGCCAGAGUCAGCCCCUUAUUGCCCUGAACCACUCCAAGACAUACUCGAAGAUGUCAGCAAUUGCAUCAUCCCAGGCCUGACUCAUUGGCAAAGUCCCAACUUCUUCGCCUAUUUCCAUGCAAAUGCUAGCACUGCUGGCUUUCUUGGGGAAAUGCUUUGUUCGGGUUUUAAUGUCGUUGGUUUCAACUGGAUUUCGUCACCGGCGGCGACUGAGCUCGAAUCCAUUGUCUUGGAUUGGAUGGGCAAAAUGCUUAAGCUACCAUCUUCCUUCUUGUUCUCCGGAACCGGUGGUGGAGUCUUGCAUGGCAGUACAUGUGAGGCUGUUGUUUGCGUUUUGGCUGCUGCAAGGGACAAAGCCUUGAAAGAGCUUGGAGGCUGGGAAAACAUAACCAAACUGGUGGUUUAUGCUUCGGAUCAAACGCAUUUCACUUUCCAAAAGGCAGCGAAACUCGUAGGCAUUCCCCCAUCAAAUUCUCGGUUAAUUGAAACAUCUUUUUCGACAGGGUUUUCGUUGUCACCUGAAAACCUUCGCUUCGUCAUUGAAGACGAUAUCAAAUCUGGUUUGGUGCCAUUAUUUUUAUGUGCAACCAUUGGGACAACACCCUCUGGAGCUGUCGAUCCUAUUGCAGAGUUGGGCAAAGUUGCCAUGGAAUUCAAGCUUUGGCUUCACAUUGAUGCAGUAUAUGCAGGAAGUGGCUGCAUUUGCCCCGAGCUCCGCCAUUAUCUUGAUGGAGUGGAGCUUGCUAACUCCAUCAGCAUGAAUCCACAUAAAUGGUUUCUCACAAACAUGGAUUGCUGUUGUCUGUGGAUCAAGGAACCGAAGUUGUUGGUGGAUUCAUUGUCAACUGACCCUGAAAUUCUAAGAAACAACGCAAGUAAAUCCAAAGCAGUGGUGGACUACAAAGAUUGGCAAAUAGCAUUGAGUAGACGUUUUAGGGCUUUGAAGCUUUGGGUUGUGAUUCGCCGAUAUGGUCUGGCUAACCUGAUGUACCACAUUCGAAGCGAUAUCGCCAUGGCUAAACGAUUCGAAGCACUUGUGGGAGAAGAUGAGAGGUUUGAGAUCGUAGUGGCCAGAAAGUUCGCAUUGGUUUGCUUCAGGUUGAAGCCCAAGGUGGAGGAGGAGGAUCUGAACUGUAAAUUGGUGGAGGCCAUAAAUUCAAGUGGAAGAGCGUUCGUGAGCCAUGCAGUGUUGAGUGGGAUUUAUGUAAUUCGAUGUGCCAUUGGAACAACUCUAACUCAACAACACCACGUGGAUGCCUUGUGGAAACUCAUCCAAGACAAAGCUCAAAGUUUAUUGAUGUAGUAUGAUUUAGGAAAAAAAAUGAUGUGCCCUGUCUUGUUUCAACGCCAUUCAAGUCGUUCUUUUAAUUCAACCAAAUGUGGCUAGCAGGCCAAUUGGCUGACGGAAAGUUAAUCCGUUUUCGGGAUUAGCAA